UCUCUCUCUCGCGCGCUUGAUUCGAUCGAGUACAAUCAAUCUUAGAUGACGAACCAGUUGGAGAGCUUGGUGGAGUCGAUCAAGUCGAAGGUGAGAGCUCUGAAGAAGUCAAAGAAGCCCUACAUAAAGAUGGACAAGAGCUCCAGCGUCAAGGUCGAGAUCCGGAGCAAAAAGGCUCGCAAGCUCAUUGACAAGACCCUCAAGCUUGCUGAUCGUCCCGGAAAGCGUUCUGUUUCUUGACAUCUCCACACACUUUUUUUUUUUUUUUGGAGGAGAAAUCUCCAUACACAUUUGACAUUUCUAUAUCUAUCUGUAUCAUAUCAUGUAUACGCAUAUGUAGUUUUGUACCAAUGGCAAUGUCUCAUAGUUAGCUUGCUUAAUUAGCUAGGCUGAUUUGACGACGACGAUGGUGAUUGUAAUGGGUCGUCUGUGUUUAUCUUUUUCUUUGUUGGCUUCCGAUCCUGUGUUUUCGAUGUUUGAACCGUUUCGGAUUGCUUGAUGAAUGAUGAUUCUGUUUGAUGA